AUGCGCGUUUGCGGCUUGCCUGUGCUCUCGGCCGCCUCGCUGAGCGGGACCGAGCGCGGUGCUGGUGGCGCCGACACUGCGGAUCCGUCGAGCACUGCGAUGGCUGCUGAACCAGUGAGAGUCGGCAGCGCUGCCUCUGCGGAUGGUGCGCCUGCACAAACCACGCCAAGCGACUGCAAACUGGGCGCAAACCUGUCUGGCAAUGCUCUGGGCGAGGAUGUCAAUGUGGAAACCACUCGAGACCUUCAGCUUGAUCCUGCCACGACGACUCGCACCGCAAACGCGGGUCCUGCACUUCCUCGCGGUGCUGACAUCUCUGUCCUGCGCCAUGUUGACGCCAAUUACUCUGCUUUCAACAUGCUCAACGAGACGGGCGCUGCUGCAGCGCUGACUCCCAACGAGGCCGCACGACUGAAUUGGAAUGCCGCACAGCUCAAUUGGAAUGGCAUGCCGAGCGCCGCGCUCCCUGGCGGCGGCGUGGCUGCGGAAUAA